AUGGCUGACGUACUUCUCUCAGCUUUGCUACCGGUGGUGAUGGAGAAGGUAACCGACUCUGUUCUCCAGCAGUUCGGAGUUAUAUGGGGCAUCCAUGACAAGCUCAAAAAGCUGGAAAGAAUGCUGUCGGUAAUCCAUAACGUACUUGAAGAUGCUGAGGAGCGGCAAGUCAAGGACGCGGGUGUGAAGAAUUGGUUGGCAGAACUGAAGGAAGAAGCCUACGAAGCAGACGAUAUCCUAGAUGAGUUCAAUGCGGAAGUAAUGCAGCGGAAGGCAGAGAUUCAGGUCGAUAUGUCGAAAAAGGUGCGCAGCUUCCUUUCUUUUCAUAAUCCAGUGUGCUUUCGUUUUAAGAUGGGGCGACAGUUGAAUGAUAUUGUUGACAAAAUAGAGAAAAUCGUAGAUGAAGGAAAUAAAUUUGGUUUCACGUUCAAACCACCACUGCAAAACAGGGAUAGGCCACAGACCCACUCCUAUGUUGAGGAGUCAAAUGUCAUUGGUAGGGAGGAAGACAGAAAAAAAAUAGUGAAGUUGCUACUUGGUCAUGAUCACAACCAGAAUGUUGCAGUUCUUCCCAUAGUUGGUAUAGGGGGUCUGG